CCUCCCCCCCCUCCUCCCCUCCCCCCCUCCCAACGUCGGGACCGCGAUGACGACCGCCGACGAGAUGACGAAAGUCGUCGCGACAAAGAUCGGCGAGACCGCGACAGGGACCGCGAGAAAGACCGGGACCGCGAUCGGGAUCGAGAACGGGACAGGGACCGAAACCGCGAGAAGGACCGAGAACGAGAACGGGAGCGCCGGGAACGCGAGGCUCGCGAUGGCAGAGAAGGCCGGGAUGGCCACCGAGAUCGAGAUCGCGACCGGACGCGCGGUGACCGGGACCGCGGAGAUCGCGACGCUGGGGCCCGGGCUGGUGGGGGCGGGGGUGGGGGCGUUCCUGAGCAGACUGCUGCUGAGCGGGAGAGGGAGCUGGAGAUGAUUAAACAGCAGUACCUGGGCCAGGAGAAGAUUAAGAAAAGGGUGAGCAGAAAUGGAGGGAUGGGCAGUAGGUGUAGCUGCAGGUGGCGAAGAGGGCGGUGGUCCCUGAAGCCCAUUGUAACGAACACGCCCCUCACACCCUGUUCAGAGGCCGCGCUGAUGUUCGGUCGGGGCAUGCGUGCGGGUAUUGACCGCCGCGAGCAGAAGAAGGCAGCGGCCUCACUGGAGGCUGAGCUGCUCAGAAAGGCUCGUUCCGCCGCCGGCUUGGUGGAGACCGCUGAGACCCGGGAGCACGACCGGGAGCGGAAGAGGCUGGCAGACCAGUACGACGGGUUUGACAUGCGGAUUGAGAAGCACUGGACUGAGAAGUCUCUGGAGGAGAUGACGGAACGCGACUGGCGCAUCUUCCGCGAGGACUUCAACAUCGGCUACCGAGGUGUCAACACAGUGCUGCCCAUCAGGAAGUGGGAGGAGAGCGGACUGCCGUCGCUGCUGAUCAAGGCCAUCGACCGGGUGGGUUACAAGAAGCCCUCACCCAUCCAGAUGGCCGCCAUUCCCCUGGGGCUGCAACAGAGGGACGUCAUCGGUAUUGCGGAGACGGGAUCUGGAAAGACAGCGGCAUUCGUACUGCCCAUGUUGUCGUACAUCAUGAGGCAGCCACCCAUGACGGAGGAGAACGAGGCGGAUGGGCCCUACGCGGUGGUCCUUGCCCCCACUCGCGAGCUGGCCCAGCAGAUUGAGGAGGAGACCCACAAACUGGCCUACUACACCAACUACCGCAUUGCCAGUGUGGUGGGAGGACAGAGCAUCGAGGAACAGGGCGCCAAGCUGAGGAAGGGUUGUGAGAUCGUCAUCGCCACGCCGGGCCGUCUGCUGGACUGCAUCGACCGCCACUACGCGGUACUCAACCAGUGCAAUUACGUGGUGCUGGACGAGGCGGACAGAAUGAUUGACCUGGGGUUCGAACCGCAGGUGAUUGGUGUGCUGGACGCGAUGCCGUCCUCCUUCCUAAAACCAGAUGAGGACGGUGCCGUACUUGAGGCCAACCGUACGUAUCGUACGACAUACAUGUUUUCCGCCACGAUGCCCCCCGCUGUGGAGCGGCUGGCUAAGAAGUACCUGAGGCGGCCGGUGGUGGUGGUGAUUGGCAGCGCUGGCAAGGUCACGGACAACGUCACGCAGCGUGUGUUCGUGGUGAAGGAGAACGAGAAACCCCGAGUGUUGGAGCAGGAGAUGGAGUCGGUGGAUGAGAAGCGUGUCAUUGUGUUUGUCAACACUCAGCGCCAGUGCGACAACGUGCACCGGCACCUGGAGGAGCUGGGGUACCGCUGCACGAUACUGCACGGCGGGAAGACACAGGACCAGCGCGAGGCGGGAAUCAAGGGUUUCAGGGACGGCACCUACAACUGUCUCAUCGCCACCGAUGUGGCUGGCCGUGGUAUCGACGUGCCGGAUGUGGCGCUGGUGAUCAAUUACGACAUGCCUAACAACAUUGAGAACUACACGCACCGCAUUGGUCGUACGGGCCGAGCUGGCAAGAAGGGAGUGGCCGUCACCUUCCUCACACUGGGCGACACAGGUGUGUUUUACGACCUUAAGAAGCUGCUGGAGGAAAGCAAGGCUGCCGUACCGCCCGAGUUGGCCCGCCACGAGGCAUCCAAGCUGAAGCCAGGUUCUAUCGAGGCCAAGAGCAGGAAGGAUCAAACAGUGUUUGCGGCGUGAAGAGGAGGAGGACCAAGGUGAUGAUGAGGAAGAUGCCGGAGUACCGCGGCGUACUGUGAAAAUUGUUAUAUGCGCAGUGUUCCUCGUCCGUGCAGCUGCCGUCAUGUAUACCGGGGGCACCUGCUGGCAUCUGCGUCCCCUAGGCAUCCCACCUUCUACCGGACUGGUACACAGUGCUGUUGGUAUCUAGCAGCACACGUUGGUGACUGGCCCCUGGCGCUGCCUGGCCUGUGGCCCGGGAGGAGGAAGGGCUCCGGACCAUGUCAGGAAACUGCUGCCGUCAAAAGACGUCGCGCUCAUGCGCACGUGGUGGUUUCGGCGGCUGCAUGAGGGGGGCGUGAGUGGGGAAUGGCCCUGGACGCCCUGGGUGGGGGCUGGGUGCCGUCAUCACAUUAGGAUGGAGCUGCGGUAAUAAUUCAUAAUAAUAAGCUGCGGUAAAAUAUAUCAAGGUGGUUCCUGGGUGGGGUCCGUUAUCACCAUGUGGGCAGUGACGGCGUUGCCCCCUACUUUAGAGGUUAAUAGCUGCUAGACGAGGUGAGAGGGGGCCAGUUACCUGCAAAAAUGGAGACUCGUAUGCCGUAUAUGCGUUUAGAUGCGUUGGUUGUAUUUGUAACGCUGGCUAACGCCACCGCGAUGUGGCCGGGAGGAGCUGUGUAAUGGUCAUGUUC